AACGAUAUUCAAACAGAGAACUUAAUUGACAUAAGGAGAGACCAUUUUUAAAUCUAUUUUGUACAUCAUUUUCCCCUAGACAUAUAAACAUGUUUAUACGACUAUGGUUUUUCGAUAUUUUCUCCGCUGUCCAUGAUUUGUCAGUCAAUAGUUAUUUGGCUACCGGUACUUUACUACUGUUAUUGUUACCAUUCAUAAGCGCAUUGAUAUGGAACGGUGAUUACUUUUUUGGGGACUACUUCAAAGGUAGGCCAUUUAUACGACGUUAAUGGCCACCCCAUCAGCCAAUCAAGGAAGAGAAUCCCAUUGUUAAGGGAGAUAAAAGUGCAGUAACUGAUGCAGAACCUAUGUAUGUUUGCUAAGUGCCUUUCAUGUAUAGUACAAUAACAAUGGAAAAUUGUCUUUUAUUUACAGGCACUGUUGCGUCAUGUCCUUCAAAGACUGCUUACACGCCUGGAACAUGUCCUGCAACAGCCACACCUGGACAUGGACUUCAUGCAGUUUGUAUGUUGUCAGGAGAGAGUUUUUCUCAGUGCCAUAGCAGGUCAAGUCACUAUUCCAGCAGAGGUAAUUGCAGGAAUAGAUGAACUGGACCGUGCGAUCAACACUGAGAUUGAUCAAGAAAAAGUAACAGCAUUGAGUAUGGAGCAAGGUGCAAGAGGGCGCCCAAAGACACUCAUUUCUGACGAGCAAAUAAGCAGCCUGUUGGAGUUGUCAUUCCCUGUACCGACAAUUGCUGAUUUACUUGGGGUGUCCAUCAGAACAGUGCGUCAGCGGAUGGAGGAGUUCAACCUUAGUGUUAGGGCCUCCUACAGCAACCUCUCAAAUGAGCAGCUUGAUGGGAUUGUGUCUGAGAUUAAAACCAGGAUGCCACAUGCAGGAUACCGCAUGAUGAAAGGGGCAUUGGAGGCAGAAGGACACAAAGUGCAGUGGGAUCGUAUCUGAGCAUCACUGCAUAGGGUGGACACCCUUGGUGUGUAUUCCCGCAUGAUAAACCUUGGGUGUGUGGUGAGACGGAGCUACUUUGUUCCGAGCCCAAGGUUUCUCAUGCACAUUGACACCAAUCACAAACUGAUCAGGUACAACAUGGUCAUAUUUGGGGGUAUUGAUGGAUAUUCACGCAAGAUCAUGUACCUGGGGGCUGCCCCCAAUAACCUAGCCUCAACCACCCUGGGCUUCUUCAUGGCAGCAGUGGAGCAGUUUGGCUUUCCAUUAAGGGUACGGGGAGACCAUGGCAUGGAAAACGUUGACGUGGCUCGUUUGAUGUUUUCAGUCCGAGGCACAGGGAAAGGCAGCUUCAUAGCAGGGAAGAGUGUGCACAAUCAGCGCAUAGAGCGGCUGUGGCGAGAUGUAUGGUCAGUGACAAGUGCCUACUACAACACCCUCCAUUCCCUCGAGGAUGAUGGUCUUCUGGACAUUUCGGAUAGUGUGCACCUCUUCUGCUGUCACUACACCUUCCUUCCUCACCUACAAGCCAGCUUGAACACUUUCACUGAAGGUUGGGACAAUCAUGCUUUGAGUACUGAAGGGAAUCUGACUCCAAACCAGAUGUGGCAUCUCGGUACAGAGGCCAGAACUGAAGAAUCCUUUUGGAUAAAAGGUGAAAUGUCUUCAAGCUCCAACAAGAAGUCCAGUUGCUUACAACUUAACUCCUUUGACUACCAUGACCUGGAUGACCUGGAUGAAUGA